UCUGCUCUCACUAUGGCUGCAUGGCUGUCCCGGAGUGUGGUGGGAAGGAAUGGGAGCUGGCUGCUGCCGUGCCCUAAUGCCGUGGCCCGGGUCUGCUCCAGGGGGGGGAGAGGCCCGUCCUCUGCCCCGGAGGCCCUCUCUGCGUUCCAGGACAAGCCUCGGACAGUGGAGGACCUCCCACAUGUCAGCUUCUUGGAGCUACUUUACAGGAUGGUGUUUCAGGGUUUCUACAACCGUUUGCACGAACUACAGAUCUAUGAGAAGCAGCUAUAUGGGCCCAUAUACAGAGACGGACUGAAGUCAGUUUCCGUGAACACUCCAAAGCUGCUGGAGGAAGUCCUGAGGAACGACGAGAAGUUCCCUAGACGAGGAGACAUGACGACGUGGAAAGAGUAUCGUGAUAUGAGAGGAUUUGGCUAUGGGCCUUUCACGGAGGAGGGGGAGAAGUGGUACAACCUGAGGGUGAUGCUGAAUAAGCGCAUGCUGUAUCCGAAAGACUCUGCACAAUAUGAUGGUGUUAUCAACGACGUGGUUACGGACUUCAUCAAGAGGAUCUACUUCCUGCGUCAGCGCAGCCCGACGGGAGAUUUGGUGACAGAUGUGGCCAAUGAGCUGUAUCACUUCUCACUAGAGGGUAUUGCCUCCAUACUGUUUGAGACGAGGCUUGGGUGUCUGGAGAAGGAAAUCCCUGCCGGUACACAAGGCUUCAUCAAUGCCAUAGCCCAGAUGUUCUCCAACAACCUGGCUGCAUUUAUGGCACCCAAGUGGAGCCGCAGUCUGCUACCCUACUGGGGGCGCUACAUUGCAGGCUGGGAGGGUAUCUUCUGCUUUGCUAAAGAGUUGAUUGACAAGAAGAUGGAGGUCAUUCAGCAGCGUGUGGACAACAACCAUGAUGUGGAGGGCGAAUACCUAACAUACCUCCUCUCAAACACUCAGAUGAGCACUAAAGAUGUGUAUGGCAGCAUCACUGAGCUUCUAUUAGCUGGAAUGGACACGACCUCAAACACCCUCACGUGGACUUUGCACCUGCUGUCCAAGUACCCUCAAACCCAGGACAGACUUUACGAAGAAGUGUCCACAUCGGUGCCAGCGGACCGGAGCCCCUCCGCUGCCGAGGUCACCCGGAUGCAGUAUUUAAAGGCUGUUGUCAAGGAGGCCCUGAGGAUGUACCCUGUGGUUCCUAUGAACGCACGGAUCAUUGCAGAAAAGAAUGUUGCUGUUGCUGGAUAUCAAUUCUCCAAGAAUACCCCUUUCACGUUUUGUCACUAUGCCAUCAGUCAUGAUGAGGACACAUUCCCAGAGUCGUUCACGUUUAAGCCAGAGAGAUGGCUCCGUGACGGCCGUGAGAGGCCAAACCCCUUUGCCUCCAUCCCCUUUGGCUUCGGAGUGAGAGGCUGUGUCGGUCGCCGGAUUGCUGAGCUUGAGAUGUACCUGGUUCUGUUUCGGGUCAUCAGGCAGUUUGAGAUCAAACCAGACCCCAACAUGGGAGAGUUGAAAUGCAUCAACCGCACUGUUCUGAUACCAGACCAACCACUAAACCUGCACUUUGUGGAGCGAGGAUGUGGAAACGCAGCUUGAUUUGCAGAUUUCUUUCAAUGAAAAUGUUGCAAAUGAAUGAAAAGCUUGUAUUUUUAAGGAUGUCUGAUGUAUUAAGAGAGCGAGACAGGUUUGGAACUUUUGUCAUAACAAAUGCAAGUAAAUAUAUAAUGCACAUUAUUAUUAUGCAAACAUGUAUUUUCUUUUGUUAAAAUAUGCUCUAUAUCAAAUGCUCUAUAUACAAAAAAAGGACAUCACAAAGUUACUUGCCAUUCAAUAUUUUAAAGCAACUGUGGAACCACUGAGCACUUCUGGAAUGUUCAACGUGCCACAUGUCUGACCAUGUGGUUUCACUUUUAACGCACAAUAAAGCCUUGCACUUUUUGUAUUCAGCAAUAAUACGAAGCAUUGCCGCACUUCAAUACAGACGACGUGAUGUAUCCGAAGAGCAAUCUCUUCUUCUGUAACGUAUGUAAGAACAAAUGAAUGGAAUAUAUAUUUUUUUAAUGCCAAAUUUGUGAAACUGUGCACGAUCUAGUUACAGAUAACACGGGAAACCGAGAACAGAUCUGGUUCAGGUUCAGAUGGCUGGAAAGCAAAGGCAUAAGUCUCAUUGACAAUGUGUCAGGACAUGAGUGGAAAUGUGAGUAGUAAUACUGCAUGGCUGAUUGGGGAAAGUGGACACAGGAGACCAGUGGAUGACAGUCAGGUGGCUGGGACAGGUGGAGGAGUCUGAGGGCUUUUGGUGGAUGGAUGGAGAGUGGCGAUGCAGGAAAGCUGCGGUAGAGAGAAGUAGCUGGAGGCAGAGCGGGUGAAAUAAACACAACUACGACAAGCAUUGUGACACUAACGCUGUAUGUCUUUUUUUUAUUUUACACACACACACAUAUUUUUAAAAUAUAUUUUUCAUGUUAUAGGUUUCUUUAAAUUUGUUUCUAUGAUUAUUUGCUUUUGCGGUACUUUGGCAACAAACACCAAUGCCAAUGUAUUGUAUCGUAAACUUGAUUCUGAUUAAUAUCAAUUAUUAAAUAAAAAACUUUUCAAUUGUC